GUCUGCACUAAGGUUGCCCACAUGGAAGCAUGAAACUCUGUUAACCGACAUAAUUUUCUUUAUAACGUCUAAGAACAAAGGCCAAUCCAACUAAAACGUUACGUUUUGAAUUUGUUCGAUAGUAAACAAUUAACACUAUUCAAAUUAAUAUAAACUAAUAUAUAACUUGAAUCAUAUACAUCAUAUCAUUUCAAAAUGUCUGAAUAUGUCGAAGGGGCUAUCUCGAAUAUCCUUAGUGGAAAUGGUGGUACCUCUAAAAAUAAUAAGCUGUCGUCCCUAUUCUCAAAACCUGAUAGGUUAAAAUUGAAAAAAAUACCAGCAAAAGAGGAAAAGAAAACUGUGAAUAAAGAUGAAAUAAACGCAGUAGAUGACAAAAAUGUUAAAAGACCACGAAGAGAUCGUCAGCUAAAAAAAAGAAGGAACGCAGAUCAAGAAAAGCGUACAGUCUUCGUUGGUAACAUACCCAAGGACGUUGAUAAAAAAGAAUUAAAGAAGCUCUUCAGGAAAUGUGGGAAAGUUGAAAGUAUACGAUACAGAUGUGCUAUCCCAGAAAAUCCGAAAUUACCAAAGAAAGCAGCGGCAAUCAAUCGGAAAAUAAAUGAGAAAAGAGAUAGCUUAAACGCCUAUAUUGUAUUCGAAAAUGAAGAAAGUAUUCCUACAGCUUUAAAAUUAAAUACUACAAUUUUGAAGAAUCAUCAAUUAAGAAUAGACACCAGUUGUAAGAAGCAGCAUGAUAAUAAACACUCGGUAUUCAUUGGGGCGUUACCAUUUGAUGUUAAGGAAGAAACAGUGAGAGAUACGUUUCAAGAUUGUGGCCAGAUAUUGAACGUUAGAAUUAUUCGUGAUAGGAAGACCGGAAUGGGGAAAGGAUUUGGCUAUAUUUUAUUCAAUGACAAAUCAUCGGUCGAAUUAGCUCUAAAAUUAGAUGGUUCUGAUUGUCAAGGUCGGAAGAUACGAGUACAGAGAGCAGUAAAGAAACAGAAGGAGGCUUCAAAAUCGAAAACUAAUAUUAAAAAAGAUGCAAAAAAGAUAAAAAAUUCUUCGGGGGACGUAAAAAAGAGAAUAAAAAAUACAAAGGUCAAAGCAAAAACUAGAAAAUAA